CUACUAUAUAACAAAUAAUUUGAGGUAAUGAACGAGGAGAAAAAUCACUCAGAUACAAUAGCAAACAUAAUCCAGAAAUUUGAGAGUUUCCAACAAAACACUGUAACGAUUGAGGAUAUGCCACCUAGGCCCAUAACAGCUCCGCCAAAGCUAAAUGGGAAUGACAAAUCUGUGGUUCAUAGCUCGUUCAGAAAAGACGAGUUGAUAACAAAGCUUUGUGAGGAAGUGUGCUACCUCAAUAACCAAAUAGUGGAGCUUAACGAUACCAAGGAAACAAAGUUCAUUGAAGACAUGAAGAACAGAGAUCACGAUCACGUGUUUGAAGACAACUAUUUCAUGAUAUCAGGGGCUGUCUCACCAAUGCUGGAACCAGAAAUAUUAGCUAACUUUUCAACGUCAGCGGAGAAACAUCUCCAAGCUAAAGAAAUACCUCUGGAGGAUAAGACUGAUUUUCUGGAGAGAGCGAUACUAUCCGGUACUCCAGAUCAAGAUGACUGUUCGGGCUACAACAAACUAAACACUUCCCCAAAGCUCUCCAACCUGAGUGAGGGUCACACCUCUUUAAACGUCAAGUUAUCCCACGGUGACGUAGUGUCUGAUGACGUCAUAUCUAAUUCUGAUGACGUCACGUGUGCAGAUGACGAUGUUAUAACUGGCCCCAAGUUGACUCGGACCCAUUUCACUUCCUCGCAGUCAGAUAUUGAGAAUUGUGGCGCUAACUUUGAAGAGACUGAUUAUUACAGAACUUCGAGUAGGGAUCCCACUAAUGGUACAAUGAGCAGUUCAGACUCACUGAACGAUGAGCUGUUCUUCGGAGGAUCAGAUGGUUCAACUCACCAGAGCACUAGUCGGGGGCUCCAGAGGUUCGGGGGUUUCGAGAACUUGUUCGAAGUUAACGAGGAUGUGAGCUCGGAGCCGGUUUCCCCAAACGUGCAAGAAUGUGUUGCAAAGUGCGACUGGAGCGUGGAGUGCGCGCCGGGCCCGCAGCGCGUCGGACACAGAAUGCUCCACUCGUACGAUGAAAUGACAGAGUGGCACUUGAGUAACAGUGACCUGGCUAAUGAUAACUGCUCGGAAGCUAGUUCGGAUAUCCCCAACAACGAAGUGCCCCACUGUGAUGAGCUAAAAGCGGGGUACACUAACGGUUACCACGCCCCCACUCUCUACCAGAACGGUUACAUAGUGGACAGUGGUUCUGGGGACAGGAGUUUGAGGGAACAUAUAGAGAAGACUCAGGAUACCUGUGAUCGGAUGUUCGAGGAGUUUCAGAGGAUGAGAAAACAUCUCCAGACUGUGUCCGACCGAGUUUACCAAGCCCCUCUCCUCUCCUCCUCUCACCUCGCCUGCAGUAGGGAGUUGUUAGAUAACGACAGUGAGCAGUCCUCUCACCGGCACAGCGUGGCUGAGUCCCCCUGGCCUAGUGUUAAUAACCUCUCUGUAGACGAGAAUAACAACCCCGAAUACAGGGUCACCAGACUAAAGAAAACAAAGAGUAGCGCGAGACUGUUUGCUAAACGUUCACAAAAGAUACCAGUAAAGACAGAGAGUGUAACAUUGAGGCAGAUAGUGAGGGAUGUUUGUGCGGAAGAGGCUGUUAGUGAUCUGGCUGUUCUCAGGACUCAGAUGCUGGACAAGAACGAGGAGAUUGAGCAGUUGCAGAGUGAGAACGACGAUCUCGUCUCCUCCAUUUCAGGUUUAGAUUCCAAGAUAGACGACCUCUCAGAACAACUAUCCAGACUACAAUCUCUAAACAGGUCCCUCCAAGCUCAGAACUUCAACCUCAGUACCUCCCUCUCCCACAAGGAUGUUACUUUUGAUAAACUAAAGAAAUACCUCCACAAAGGUCCUCCCUCCCGUUGCCAAUCCGCCUCCCCGCUUGCCAGCAUUUCAGAAGCCUCCGGAAAUGCGGCUCACAAGUACGGCUUCCUAAACCGGAGUUCUCAGAGCAUCUCCAGAAGAAAGAGUAUCCGACCCUGGAAACGUCGGCUGGCAGUCCUGGACAACAAUAACCUGUCUAUCUACAAAGUCGAGACUGUUGAAUCAUUGAUCCCGAUAAACUCUAUUAUUGAUAUUCAGAUGGACAGCAAAAAGUCGUAUGGGAAGCACGUGAUCGUUAUCACUACUGACGAUAACAGAGAACAUUACUUACAAGCUAACUCAGAGAAGAUAUGAAGGAAUGGGUCCACAUGAUCGAGAGUCUUGGACCUAGUUAAUCAGCUGAUCUAUUAGUUAAUUGAUGAUCUGAUUGUUCAAUUAAUUAAUCAGUUAAUUGAUUAGUUAAUUAAUUGUUUAUUUGUUAAUUAAUUGAAUCAUCCGGAACCCUAGGUGAAAUAUGUACAUUUUAAACUUUGAAGGAUACUUCCUUGAGUAAAAGCUUAGCUAAAAUUCGUUCUGUUGCUGCCUUCGAUGUUUGCAUAAUCCGGUGUAGUUUUAAUUAAUUAAAUUAAUAAUAACUUGAUGUAGGGAAUUAAUUUAUUUUGAAACUAGCCAGAUUGCGCUACCAAUUGGACAUGGUAUUUAUGGGCCGUUUUAUACGUUUUGUUUCUUGUUUUUUAUGUAUAAAUGUUCGUACAUAUUAUUUGUGAAAAGGAACCAAUCUUGAUGUGUGAUAUUAUUAAAUUCGAUGCUCUAUUUAUUAAAUUAUUUGGUUGAUUAUUUUUGAUAGCGACUACAUAAUUGGGAUGUGAACCGAAACCUUAUGACAAUUUAUGAUUCAUACAGCAAGUUUAUAUUAGGAAGGAAAACAUUUUAUCUUUGAAAGGAAUGGUAUCUGCGAAAUAUCAUCAAACCGAAAUCUUAAUUCACUAAAACUGAGGUUUAGUUUUAUGGUGCUUUUGCGUGGGUUUUUGUACUCAAUGUUUUAACAAUGUCAGCUGAAUGCUUCGUUGUCAGCUAAACCUGUUUUUUCGAGCGUCUGCCCCAUAUAAAUUAUUAUAUGAACCAAAAUCCGAAUAUUUGUGAUUAUUCAACGUUUUUAUUUCCAAUA